AAUUUUUGCUGUCGAUUACCUUUUUCCAACUCGUCUCCUUCCUCUUGUUUUGUUUUUGUUUUUUUUCGUUUCUUAAGUGUUUGCCUUAUUAUUAAACAAGAAAUGUCAUCAUCUCUCUCCCUCUUUCCUCUCUCGUUGGACAAUCUAAUUUCAUAAAUCCCGUUCAAAUCUUCCCUCAACCCUCUCCUCCUCCGCCAUGGCCCAUUAUCACCGGCGGGAGUCCUUCUCGGUAACUAUUUCCAACAUGGGAAGUGGUUCCGCGGUGGUUUGUCCUAAUACCGACCUUCUUUGGCCAUUCGGGAAGCUUGACGGGCUAGACCGGGAGGAUAUCCGUGAGACCGCUUAUGAGAUCUUCUUCACGGCUUGUCGGUCAUCACCCGGUUUUGGAGGUAGGACUGCUCUCACGUUCUACUCUACGCACAACAACAAUGACCAUCAUGGGGAAGGAGGAGGAGGAACAGCACCAGGCGGCUCACCUGGUGUUGGGUCUGGUUCUGGGUCUGGGUUUGGGUUUUCAGGGAGGAAAGAGGUGGUGACAACCCCGACAAGCCGGGUGAAACGAGCUCUAGGGUUGAAGAUGCUUAAACGGUCUCCGACUAGGCGAAUGUCAACAAUAGGUUCCGCCGGAGGUGCCGGGGCAAGUUCUCUGUCCCCUGGUAGUGGCUCAGGGCAUAUUAGCCCUGGAGCCGGGUUCUUGACGGUCCAGCCUUCUCGGCCUAGAAGACCGUUAACUUCGGCGGAGAUCAUGAGGCAACAAAUGAGGGUUACAGAACAGAGUGAUGGCCGGCUUCGAAAAACCCUAUUGAGAACGCUUGUUGGCCAAACGGGUAGACGAGCAGAGACGAUAAUCUUGCCGUUAGAGCUUCUCCGGCACUUGAAACAAUCAGAGUUUGGCGAUGUGAAUGAGUACCAGCUCUGGCAAAGAAGACAACUCAAAGUCCUUGAAGCUGGCCUUCUCCUUCACCCAUCGAUUCCUCUAGACAAAACCAACAACUACGCUAUGCGUUUAAGGGAGGUCGUUAGACAAAGCGAGAACAAACCCAUUGACACAAGCAAAAACUCAGACACAAUGAGAACACUCUGCAACGUUGUCGUGUCUUUAUCUUGGCGCAGCACAAACGGAAACCCGACCGAUGUUUGCCACUGGGCUGAUGGUUACCCUCUCAACGUUCAUCUUUAUGUAGCGUUGCUGCAGUCGAUAUUCGAUGUUAGAGACGAGACAUUGGUGCUUGACGAGAUCGAUGAGCUUCUGGAGCUAAUGAAGAAGACUUGGUCAACACUAGGGAUCACAAGACCGGUGCACAAUCUAUGUUUCACUUGGGUUUUGUUUCAUCAGUACGUCGUGACGUCACAAAUGGAACCCGACUUGCUCGGUGCAUCCCAUGCUAUGCUGGCUGAAGUUGCUAAUGACGCCAAGAAACUUGACCGUGAAGCUCUUUAUGUAAAACUAUUGACCUCGACAUUGGCCUCUAUGCAAGGAUGGACCGAGAAAAGGUUGUUGAGCUACCAUGAUUAUUUCCAAAGAGGAAAUGUGGGGUUGAUAGAGAAUCUUCUCCCAUUGGCAUUAUCAUCAUCAAGAAUCUUGGGAGAGGAUGUGACAAUUUCUCAAGGGAAAGGACAAGAAAAAGGCGAUGUGAAAUUGAUUGAUUAUUCAGGAGAUCGCGUCGACUAUUACAUAAGAGCGUCUAUUAAAAACGCAUUUUCUAAGCUCGAGAAAGUUUUGGUGCAGAUGGUGGCUGAAGAUUCUGAAGAAUUCGAUGACGGUGGAAAAGGGCUUGUUCGAGAGAUGGUUCCUUAUGAAGUCGACUCGAUAAUACUGCGGCUUAUAAGACAAUGGAUCGAAGAGAAGCUGAAAAGUCUUCAAGAGUGUUUGUUUAGAGCAAAAGAAACUGAAACAUGGAACCCGAAAUCCAAAUCGGAACCUUAUGCACAAUCUGCAGGAGAAUUGAUGAAGCUAGCGAAGGAUAUAAUCGAUGAGUUUUUCGAAAUCCCUAUCGGUAUUACAGAGGAUUUGGUUCAUGAUCUUGCUGAAGGAUUAGAACAAAUUUUUCAAGAAUACACUACCUUCGUCGCAUCUUGUGGAUCUAGACAAAGUUACAUCCCUACGUUACCUCCUCUUACAAGAUGCAACAGAGAUUCAAGAUUCGUUAAACUAUGGAAGAGAGCCACGCCGUGUGCCGCCUCCGGAGAAAAUUUCAGCCACACCGCACCCGCGAUUUCCGACGCCCACCAUCCGCGACCGUCCACGAGCCGCGGGACGCAGCGUCUGUACAUUCGUCUCAACACAUUGCAUUUCCUAAGCUCUCAUAUCCACUCACUGAACAAAACACUCGCUUUAAACCCGAAGGUACUUCCCGCAACCCGAAAACGCUACCGCCACCGAAACAACAACUCCUCUUCUUACUUCGACUUCACCUACGCCGGAAUCGAAUCCGCUUGCCAGCACGUUUCCGAAGUCGCGGCUUACCGACUGAUCUUCCUCGACUCGAACUCUGUUUUCUACGAGAGUCUUUACAUCGGAGAGGUCGCGAACUCGAGGAUCAGGCCGGCUUUACGGAUCAUGAAACAGAACUUAACGUUAAUGUCAGCGAUUCUCGCGGAUCGAGCUCAAGCACUAGCGAUGAGGGAAGUCAUGAAGUCGUCUUUCGAAGCGUUCUUGAUGGUCUUGCUCGCUGGUGGCUACUCGCGAGUGUUUUACAGAGCGGAUCACAGUCUGAUCGAAGAAGAUUUCGAGAACUUGAAAAGGGUUUUUUGCACUUGCGGCGAAGGGUUGAUACCGGAGGAUGUUGUGGACAGAGACGCAGAGACCGUGGAAGGAGUGAUUCAGCUAAUGAGCCAACCUACGGAACAACUUAUGGAAGAUUUUAGCAUCGUGACGUGCGAAACAAGCGGAAUCGGGAUGGUUGGAUCCGGACAGAAGCUACCGAUGCCUCCGACCACAGGAAGGUGGAACCGUUCGGAUCCGAACACUAUCUUGAGGGUUCUUUGUCAUAGAAACGACCGUGUUGCUAAUCAGUUUCUCAAGAAAUCGUUUCAGUUGCCUAAACGGAGGUAAAUAGCAAAAAGGAGAAAGACAAAAAAAAAAGUAAAAAGAAAAUUCAAACUCAAAAAGAAGGAAAAACAAAAUAAUGCUGUUAGUAAGAGACAUGAACUUGGUUCGUUGUGUAAAGAGCUUGCAAAUAUGAUUUUCUUUUGAGUUUUGGUGCUUAUUUGUAAUAAAAAAAAUCUUUUUUGAUUUCUUCUUUGUUGUUACAGAGGUUGAAGCGAGUUUGUUUGUUAUUUCCGACGAUGAAUAUUGUUCAUUAUUUUUUUAGAUGUGUUUAUAAAUAGAAGUCUUAUUUGUUUUCGAUUAACGGGCUUAAAGCCCAAAUUCAUAUGAAG